AUGGCCAGCUCCAGCCCCUCCACGCGAACCCAGGCCUGCUGCUCCUGCAGCUGCUCCCUCCACAGCUGCUCCUCCUGCCACAGCUGCUCCCUCCACAGCUGCUCCUCCUGCCACAGCUGCUCCCUCCACAGCUGCUCCUCCUGCCGCAGCUGCUCCCUCCGCAGCUGCGCCCGCCGCCGCCGGUCCUCCAGCAGCAGCUGCUCCUGGGCCAGGCACAGCUGGACCUCGUGGAGCCUCAGCAGCUCGGGACCCAGGCCCCCCGCUCCACAGCCUUCCAUGUCCGCAGCGGGGACUAACACCAGCUCGGACCCCAGAGCGGUGGCCUGCACUGGCCGCUCGGCUACUUGUGGCCGCUCUGGCUCGGCCACCCUGGGGUGUCCCUGGGCAGCUGGCUUGUUGCUGGUCACGUGCCCUGCAGGGGCCACCCCCACCUCGUCCCGAGGGCCCCCUGCGGCAGGGGGCGGGGGCUCGGCCUCAGGGCCCUGCUGCCCCGAGGCCUGCUGUGCCUUGCCCGCCCUCCUGGCUCGGGCUCUUCGAGCCCGACUUCGUCUCCCCGACAUGGCCCGCGAUCCGGCGCCUUUUACCAGGUGUCUGCUGCCCCGGGGCCCUAGCUCAUUGCCGGCCGGCCUUGAUCAGGCGGGCUCAGGGGCCAUCCCCGGGAGGCCACAGUGGGUCCUCCGCUCCUGCCCUGCCCCUUGGCUGGUGUCUAUGAUGCGGCGGCUCCGGGCCCUGGCUCUGCCUCCCUGCUGGGAGCACCCUCUUCGUCCUCCCGCUGGGCCCUCGCCCCUGAAGCUUCGGGGGAGCACAGGCGGACACACAGGGAGUAGGGCCUGCGCGACCGACGCGGCACCAGAUGCGGGCGGCCCUAGGGGUGGAGCAAACAGCGGCUCCUCCUCCCGGAGGCUUCGCAGCACCUGGGCUCGCGGGAGCUGGGGCCUCGGGACCCAGGUGCAGGGGCGGCCCUGCCUGCCGGGCUCACCGGCGCCCCCGCGCGGCAACCCCAGGGGCGAUGCUCUGCUUUCCGUGGAGGGCCGGCCCCCGGGGUGGGCGCUCCUUAACGGCGGGAGGCAACUUGCUUGGCCAGGAGGGAAGCCGGGAGCGCACCGCCAGCCGCCAGGGCAGAGGGAGACCGGCCCGCAGGCCGAGGCCCCCGCAGGGCCCGCCGCGGAGGAUGGAGCGGCCACGAUCAUCCAGUGCGCGUUCCGGCAGCUCCUGGCCCGAGGGGCCCUGGCCCGCCGCCGGCAGGAGCACCGCAACUACCUGCAGCGCGUUGAACGGCUGGAGAGGGAGGCCUUCGUGGCCCUGGUGCGGAAGGAGCAGGAGGCGGCGCGAAGGCGGCGGGAGGCGGAGGAGGCGGCCGGGCGGCGGCGGCGGCGGCGGCAGGAGGAUCGACAGCGCGGGGCGCGGCUGCGGGAGGCGGCCUUCGCCGGAGACCUGGGCGAGAUCAAGGCGGUCCUGCGGGAGGUGGACGAGCUGCUGACUCGCGAGGGCGUGGGCCACGACGAGGCGGGGUUGGCGCUGCGGAGGCGGGGGCGCGUGGCCCUGGUGGAGAGCGAGGACCGCGGCGGGAACACGCCGCCGUCGGAGGCGGCGGCCGGCGGGCAGACCCCGGCCAUCCGGCUGCUGGCCGAGCGGGGCGCCAGCCCCAACAGCAAGGGCGCCUACGGCCGGACGCCGCUGUACCGGGCGGCCUUCGGGGGGCACCUGGAGGCUGUGGAGGUGCUUCUGGAGCUCGGAGCGGACCCCCGGGUGUACGCAGAAGACGGCAGCACCCCGAGCAGGUGUGUGGCCUCCCUGGACGCCGUGGUUAGUGUGCUGGGGUCCUGGGACCUAGGCCUCACUGAGGCCAUGCUGCAGAGCAUGGAGGCCGAGCGACAGGAGGAGGCACAGGCCAAGCGGUGCGGCCGGGGGAGGGUGGGGGUGGCGGUGGCGGCAAGGGGCGGCUCUGAGCGGGCUGUCCCCUCCCCCACCAGCCUGAAGUCUCGAGCGCAGCAGCUGGCUAAGGAAGGGCGGCGGCGCCACAGAGAGCUGCAGCAGGCCCACUGUGAGCUCAACCGGAGGAUCGCGGAGCACGACGAGUGUGAAGGGAGGCGCCUGGGCCACACUGAGCUCACGCUGCAGGCCAUCAAGGACGCGGAGGCCCAAGUGGACAGGCUACGUCUGGAGGCCCCGAAGGCGGAGGAGACGCUGGCCAUGGCCAGGCUGGAGCUGCGGGAGCAGACCCGGGAGGGGGAGGAGGAGGAGGCGGCGGCGGCCCCGGGGCUGAAAUGCCAGGUCACUGAGCUGCACGACGUACUGAUGAAGGAUGUGGGCGACUGCAUCCGCGCGGAUGGCAGGUGGCCUCUUGUCAUCGACCCUUCGGGCCAGGCGGCCAUCUUCCUGCGCUACCAGGACACCAACUACGUGGACGCGGUGAACCCGGACCACUUGCGGCCCGAGAGGAUCCGGCUGGCGCUGCUGGGGGCGCUCAGGUACGGGAAGCCGCUGGUGUUCGACCUGUGCGACGUGGACCUGUUCCCCGCGGUGCGGCAGCAGCUGGAGUCGGUGCAGCCCGGCCUGGCGCAGGCUGCUGGGCCGGAGCUGCUGGGCCGCGGGCUCCUGGAGCGGGAGCGGUACCUGUCGCUGGUGCGGCCCGACGGCCCCGAGUACGGCCCCGCCGGGUUCCAGGAGGCGCGCCUGCGGCACUUCCGCCUCCUCUUCGUCACCAGGGCUCAGGGCCGGCCGUCGGAGGAGCAGCUGCGGGUGCUGCUCCCGGUGCGCGUGCAGCUGCCCCGCGGGGGCCUCUAGCGCCCGGCCCAAUAAAGUCGGCCCCGGGAUGCGGGGCCGUGACCCCCA